CAAGCUUUUAUCAAACAAAAGCCAGAGCCCAAAAGUCGUCUGAGUCUCUGUUGCGUUAUUACAAUGUCAAAUCUCGCCGAUUCCCGGCAAAAUCGGCCGGAAUAUCCGAUGCAAUACUCAGAUCCCACGAUUCCACUCUCGAAUCUCUCGGCCGUAAAAGCAAGAAUGGAGUCCUUGCAGUCCUUCUUAUCCCAAACGGUCAACUCCAACACGCUCAUUAGCAAACAACAAAUGGACAUGGUCUCCGCCGAAAUCUCCUCCGCCAUCCAGCAAACAAUCCUCAACGGCGCCGCCCUUAUCGCCUGCUCCAAUCCACAACCUCCCCAAUGUUCAACACUCCCGGAACCCGCCGCUGUCUUGGGUAAAUCGGUGCAAAAAUUGGAAACUAUAGAGUUUGAGUCGGAAUCGGAUUAUGAGGUGGUGGAGAUCGACGCCGUUGAGCUACUGGCCGAGCACAUGCACUUUUGCGAUAUUUGCGGUAAAGGGUUCAAGCGAGAUGCGAAUUUACGGAUGCAUAUGAGAGCACACGGGAACGAGUUCAAAACGGCCGAGUAUUUAGCGAAACCCGAUAAAGGACAAGUUUCAGGGAGCAAGAAGAGGAGAUUUUCGUGCCCGUAUGAGGGAUGUAAUCGGAAUAAAAAGCAUAAAAAAUUUCGGGCUUUGAAGUCGGUAAUAUGCGUGAAGAAUCAUUUUAAGAGGAGUCAUUGCCCGAAGAUGUACACAUGCGAGCGGUGUAAUAAGAAGAGCUUUUCGGUGGUAUCGGAUUUGAAGAGUCAUUACAAGCAUUGUGGGGAGAGUAGGUGGAAGUGUUCAUGUGGGACUAGUUUUUCUAGGAAGGAUAAGUUGUUUGGACACGUGGCGUUGUUUGAAGGGCACAUGCCGGAGGUGGAGGAGAAAAUGAAGAGUGUGGUGGAGGAGGAAGAGGAGGAGAUGGAGAUGGAGAUGGAGAUGGAGAUGGAGAUGGAGGAGGAGGGGCGUAAUCGUAGUUUGAAUGAUGGGUUUUUUGAUGGGUUGCUUGAUGAAUUUGGUUCAAUUGAGAGUUACUGUUUGCAAGAUAUGUUUGGAGUUGCUUGGAAUGGAGGAGGAGGAGACGAUUGUAGCUAAAGUUUAUGUUGGUUCUGAUGUUAUUUAAUUUUGCUGUAACAUGUAAAAUUCUGAGUUGUAAUAAAGAUGAAUGUUGAUCUUGUUUUAUUGAUUA